CACAAAGUAAUAGUUUGGUCCUGGUGCUUGUUUAUACCAGGCUUCAGCUGGUGACCGCACAGCCAGCACACACAUGGCUAAAAGAAUGAAUGCCCGCUCCUCAAACUUGACCAUCUCUGAAUGGUAACGUGGACACUGGUGAUAGCACACACAUUCUGAGUGUUAAGACGAGCUCACGCCCAUUAUUAUGAAACGAAAGCAUCUGCGACUCUGCGUUUCAUUUUCACUGAAAUGAAAGUUGUUCAAACGCAGGAAAUAAAGCGUCCGGUUCUGGGAGAACUCAGUACAAUGUGCUGCAGUGUUUAACCGAACUGUCAUCCCUGCACCUGCACAAGACAGCGCCAACUACACCUGUACACGAUGAAGUGUCCAAAAUGUGAUCAUGUUGCUGUGGAGGAGAAAGCAAGGUUCUGCAGUUCAUGUGGGAUGGCACUGAUAACGCAACUCCCGAAUGAAACCCCAGAUACAACACCAGAUGAUUCUGCCCAAUCUGCAGUUGUUGGCCUGGGCUCUGAUGGAGAAAAACAGACAGAAACAAACUUGGACUCCUCAAUCAUGGAUAAUCAAUCCAAAGCUGUGUCACCUAAAAGGCCAAAUGACAACAGCCCAAACGUAAAGAAAAAGAAAAAGAAAAAAAAGAAGAAAAGGAAAAUGUCUGAGAAAGAAAAAGACGAGCCUGUCUCGUUGACCUCCGAUAUGUCAGACAUCUCGCUGACGGAUAAAGAGAUGAAACAUGUGAAAGGCAUUUCUUCUGACAGCGAGGAGUCAACCUGUGCUAUGGAUGAGACCCCUGACUCAAUCACAUCUGCUCAUUCUGAAGAUAACACCAGUAUGUCUCCUGAACCCUCUGCCACCAGUGUGUCAGAAGAAAUAACUGCUAAUUCUGAAGCACCUGAGCCUGCUCUGCCAGAGACAGAAGCAAACAAGGAUCAGGCUUUAGUAGAGCAAUGUGAGAAAUGUUGCCUUGAACCUGAAGAAAAGCAAAUUAAACAAUCUCAUGCUCAAGAGCCCACUCCGAAGACACACCAGGACAGUGUUCACAUGGUAAGCUCAGGUCAAUCAGAUCCUGAAAAACAGGAACAAGAUCAGGUGGGGAAGCAAAAGAAACCCAAGGCUGCGACUAAAAGCAUUAAGAAUCAGGAAGAUGCAGCUAAAAAUACACAAACCACACGGGACCAGAAUGCUAACGUUGAUCAAAAUGCAAAAGUUAAAAAUACUUCACAAAAACAGUCACUGAAAACAGAUACAAAGAACCUCAAUCAAAAAGAAAGCAAAUCUACUCAGAUGGUGUUUGGACCACAGAGGAAAGCUGAGUUGAAGACCAAAGGUUCCAGUGUAGAUCCACAGGUGGAACACAGUAAACCACUGCAGUCUGCUCAGAAAAAAGGAGAUUCCUCAGGCGGCCAAAGCAGUCCACAGACCAAGAAGAAGAAAAAUGAAGACACAAAGGACAAGAAAGAUCUUCCAACCCAAGACAGUUCAGUGUCUAAGAAAAAAGGAAAUGAAGAGACAGAAAAAAUAAAGGAUGGUUCACCUCCAGAAAGAAUUUCUGCUUCGACACAGCAGAUUGGAUCAAAGGAGAGACUCACCAUUUACUUUCAUGCUGUCUUAUCAAAGGAUUUUAAGUUUGACCCGAAUGAAGACCAGAUAUUUAUAAGGGCUGGCGGCAACCUUAGUAACUGGAAUACCAACCUGGCGGAGCUGUUUGUGGCGCGGGAUCUUGAAGAGCAUGGAUUUCUUGUACAAGGACCACUGACAACCACAAAGUCAAAAGCAGAAUCUCUGUCCAUACCAUACAAGUAUGUUGUAUAUAGGAGUAAGAAGGAAAAAUACGACUAUGAGUUUAUCUACAAAAAAGAUGCAGAUGGAAUCACAAACAGACGUCUUCUUGUUAAACCACAACUGCUUAAUACUGAAGGAGAAUGGCAUCAGUAUGAUGAUAUAAUAUGUGCACCACCAUCUACGGGUUUUUAUAAAAAAAUAAAGGAAACCAUUUGGCCAGAGCAAAGGCAAAGUCUGAUCCAGGGAAGAGAAAUUGCAGGAACUUUAAUGCUUGAGACUAUUUUUGACCUUUUGAGAAGCUGGAGUGACAUAAACCUUAAGAACUUUAUGACCCAGCUCAAGCAGUUUCAUCAGAUCUAUGGAAACCCUGUAGUGAUUGAUAGCGCAAAGGUUUCAAAAUGGUUGGAUUACACUGAAAAAGAUGUGAGUAAUUUCUUGAAGCACUUUAUGCUGGAACACGUGACUCCAGAAUUAAAAAAAGAUAAUACAAGCAACAGUGCCUUCAUCAAAGAACCUCUUAAGGGUGCACUUAUCAUGAUGUACAUAUGGAAGCAGUAUGACCUUAAGCUAGAACACGGGGAACUUAAUCGUCUUUGCUCUGCUCUUUGCUUGCCAAAGAUGCCUAAAGAGGACUUCCUUCCUUUUUGGACCGACAUUCAAGAAUCCUUUGCAUGCCUGAAAAACCUGCCUGACACAUUGGUGGACCUGAUUAACAAAGUGAGGUCAGAAAAGAUGCCCCGCUGGAUUGUUGCGAUUCCAUUGCUGCAUCUUCUUAGGGGAACUUCAAAGCCCUUUGAACCUGUUUCACUUGCUGUGAACAUAAGAAAUGAACAGACAUGGGCUGGACUACAAGGAGUAAAUUUAACUACUUCAAGUUGGUUAUCAACUUCUCAAGACAAAAGAGCCAUGAUGAAUGUGAUGAAAGACAAUCUUCAUUUGGUUGAAGUGGACAGACUGCUGCCUCGAUCAUGGAUGUACCUGAUGACCAUUAAUGAGUUGGUGGAAUGUGGUACCAACAUUCACGUGGAGCUUUUGGACAUGCUGCAGCUCUUUAAUCUGAACACUCCAGCUGAUAUUUCGUACAGUUCUUAUACAAGUAUUUCAGAUACUUUGACAUUCAUUCAAAGCCAGCUACUUGACAAUAAGUACAGCUGCUUGUCUGACGACUAUGGAAGGAACUGCCUAGAUGCAGCUGUAAAACUUAUGGAGAAAAUAUGCAAAUCAGUGACUUCCACCAACUACACAGACAUUCCAGUGGCUACUAUAUAUCUUGUGGUUGGUGUGUCCGGCUUUUCCCAGUCUUUUCCAGCACAGGACAUUCAGGCUGAAGAAUCUCGAAAAGCAAAAGUUUUUGAGCUUUUGUCUGAUGCAAAGAAAAUCUGCAGAACUUGGAUAGGACAGACCUGUAAGGGAAGCCUUAUGUCACGUUUGACAUUGAGUACUGUCCUCAAAUCAGUGGAGAUUAAUAUAUGGAACAACAUUAUCUCUAUGAGCUUUGAUAAUGAGGUAUUUACUACAGAAUGGAGAGAAACAUUUGCUAGAGAUUUUGAAGGAAAAUUUCAACAGGAAUCUUACCUAGACCAGAUUGAAGUCUACUGCAGUAAAAUUGAGGAACUUGAAAAAUCUCAUUCGUAUGUCGCAAAAAGUAUUGAGAAGUGUGCCCUCCAAGCUGUCGCUCAGAUGUGCCAGGCCAAGACUGAGGGAAGACUAUUUGAGAGAUUCAAAAUAAACUGGAAGUUUGGAAAGCUCAUCUCUGCAAUUAUACAGAAGUCUUGGCCAGGAAAUGAGAGUGGGUCCCAUCAGGAGGAGGGGGUAUUGGUUCUUCAACAUCUUCUUAAUUGGACAGCAGCCAAAUACAUCUUUCAGCUUCAUGGUGCUGAUGAAAAACUCAUAGAUCAGCUCUCUAAUGAGGCUAAAGAGAGACUUGCCGUGGCAACAUCAUUAUUUACAGACAUUUCAAAUCAGCUCAUCAAUGGCAACAUAAGGAUAAAGGUUCUCAAGCACAUUUUGGAAAAGAAGGAUAAUUUCCUUGAGCUGGUAAAAAUAGACUGUCUUUGUGAAAACAAGCAAUGCAAAGAUGUCAGUGCCAUGAGGAGGCUUCUCCAGUCGAGACAGGAUGAGGUAAACGCUGUAUAUCAUGAAAGCGAGCUUGUUAAGGGGUUCAUAGCAAUGUGCCAGAAGAUUCAGGAGCAUGUAACAGUUGAUUUUGAAGGCUUAGAGAAUAAAAGCCAGAUUGACAUUGAGGAGAUGGAGUUACGAAGGUUCAUGGAGGUUCAUCCAUUAAAUCAGAUUCCUUCACCAGUGGCGGGUGUAGUCACCUAUUUUAACCUCGAUGAAAAUGUUCGAUCCAUGGCAGAGACCCUACACGUGUUUAAAGAAAGCUACAUUUUUAAGAUGUGCUGGGAGAACCAGGCUAAGAAAUUUGCAAAGAUGUCCAGUGAUGAAUAUGAGCCAGAGAACUUGGAUGAUGAAGAGGAGUUGUUGGUUACAGCAGAUCUGAUUUACGAAGACAUAUUCCAACCAUGCUAUGAAAAUUACCAGAAGAUAUAUACAAGUCUAAAGGAUGGCAGCAUGACUUUUAAAGAUGUUGAUGUGACAUUUAAGGAUUACAAAGGAAAAUAUGAAGAACUCACUGCAGAUGUUGCAACUAUGUGCAAACUUGAUGCAGCAGAUGACAAGCACUGGAUUCAAAGAAGGGUCAAACAGAUUGAACAGUACCAUGAGCUUCACUUAGCAGUGGAGUCAGCUCAGGUAGUCAUGAGGGUGAAGCAGACCCUUUGCCUUCAAGGAAACUUUCAGGUCUUGGAUAAAAUGCUUAUAGUUACACAAAUUGACUUCAAGAAGGAGAAUAUCAAUAGUAUUGACAAUGAAUUAAUGCAGGCUAAAACUGUACUUGAGGACAUCACAGAGCCACGUAGACUCUGUCUGCAGGAACUGGGCCUAAGGAAGAACUUUGUUAUGUGGGUUAAAGAAGCUCUUGAAGACAUCAAUGAGUUGAAGGUAUUUGUGGAUCUGGCCUCCAUCUCUGCGGGUGAAAAUGAUCUGGAUGUAGAUCGUGUGGCCUGCUUUCAUGAUGCCGUUCUUGGCUACUCAUCAAUGUUGUAUGAGCUGAAGCCAGACUCAGGCUUUAACACCUUUAAGGAGGCACUAAAAAAGCUUUGGAAGGCGCUCGAUAGUGAUGCCAACCUCCCCAAGAAGCUGUGUGAUACUGCAAGACAUCUAGAAUGGCUGAAGACAGUGAAGGAUAGCCAUGGAUCUGUAGAACUGUCAUCUUUGUCUUUGGCCUCGGCUAUCAACACAAAAGGAAUCUACGUCAUCAGUGCAGAGAACCAAACAAAGUUGACUAUGGACAAAGUCCUGAAACUACAAAUACCAGAGGCUCAUGAUGAGGGGCAUGAAAUGCGGAGCUACUCCCUUGAAGACCUUAAAGACCUUCAGAAUAAACUGAUGCUCAUGUCUGGCAAAGAAGAUCAAGGGCAGAAUGAAGUUGAUCGAUUUGCAGAGGUUUUUGACAGUGUACAGAGGCUAUCGUCUGCAUUUAUCGAUUUGUUUGUAGCUGGAAAUCCAUUGUUCAGACACUGGGCAGCACAAAUCAACUGUAACAGCACAGAAACUUGCAUCAUGAUGGACUUCAAUUUGAAAGAUGUUGCUAGUAUUGUCAUGGUAAAUGGUGAGGUGACAGAGAAACUCCCAGAAGUCUGUAAGAAAAUGGAGACAUGCUUGAGUUUUUGGACGGACUUUAUGAACAAACAAAGAUGUCAGCAUUACUACCUGAACUAUUUCACAGCAGAGCAGAUAGUCUAUCUGUGCAGUCAGCUGACUCAACAAAACCUAACAGAUCUGGAAGAUCAAACUCUCAUGAUGCUCUCGUUUAUCAAACCUAACUGCACUGCCAAGGAUUUAAAGCAGACCUGGCACUUGCUUCAAUAUGAGAUGCUGAAAAAACCUCUAGAACAAAAUGAAGAUCUGGAUUUUCAAACUUUUGUUGAUGUUUCAAAUAACACUGGGUAUGAAAUGGAAAUGGAGGUUUCUUCUUCUGAUGAUUGGGGUCCAGAUGGUGAAACUAAAAGAUUUGACAUGAUCUGGAAUGCAUACAUGAGAAACAUGAAAAGUUUCUUGCCCACCACUCUUGAUGUCAGAAGUUUAGGGAGACUUUUGGAAAAUUUAGCUAAUAUUUCCAGUCCAGAUGAAAUUGAAGAGGAUGAAGAGGAUUUUAGUGACGAUGUAUGCAGAGACCUACCCAUGGGACUGUCUGUUGGAAAACCAAAUCUAAUUGUCUGUCCUCUGGCUGAGAUUCUCACCUGCUGCAUUUCCAUUUACAUGACCAGUGAACAUGAGCCACUGCCAACCUAUGAUGAAGUUCUUCUCUGUGGUUCUUCUACAUCAUACGAACAGGUAGAACUGUUUCUUAGGAGAUGCCUCACUGCUGGCUAUAGGGGAAAUAAGACAUACACCAUGCUGUAUGUAGAUCAGUUAACCUAUGAAGUGAGCUACAAAGUGGAGCAGUUUUUCCACCGUCACAAGGUGCAGAGCAGAAAUGACUACAGGCUGGUCCUGAUCUGCAGUGCUGAUCGGGAACACGCCUAUCUUCCCUCAGUCUUUAGUAAGUUUAGGCUGCAUAUGGUACCCCAAGAACCCUUGAGUAAAAUUCAAGAAUACCUUUCCAAGCACUACACAGUCCCAGAUGACCAGUGGAGUGCUGCAGCAGUUUUCAAAGACAGGAAGUCUGUUGGACUUGUGUCGUCAACAAGGGCAGGUGUCGGCAAAUCUCUUUACAUACGUCGGAUGUAUGAGGAAUUAAAAAGUAUCACAAAAAAGCCCUCACAGCUUAAGUGUAUCCGGUUGAUAGAGCCCAGAGUAGACGAAAAUGCAGUUCUCCAGUCAAUGCUUAACACUCCCAAGAAGGAGCUUACAAUUUUUCAUUUUGAUGUUACUUCAUCGGUGCAGAAAGGCCUCCAUGAGUUUCUGUUUAGACUGCUGAUCUUGGGUUAUCUUAUGGACUCUGAGGGAAGAAUGUUGAAAUGCAGCAACAGGAAUUUAUACAUCAUUGAAGUCCUACAGUCUGCUCGAAAUGUGCCUAGUAAUAUCCCAAGACCUGAUUCAAAACUUCAGUCUGCCUUCCAGAAUGUGUUUCCAACUAUUCACUGUCGAGCUCCUAAAGAGAUCCUUGAGUUGGAAAUGAGAAUACAAGACGACCCCUCCAUUGCUAUGGACGGUGACCCCCUAAUGGAUGAUGAAGAAUUCCGUAGUGAGGCUUACCAGCGGCCAUAUCAGUAUCUAAAACGUUUCUACAAUGGUGUCAGCUUAGAUGGCUUUAUGUACGAUGGAGUUGAAGGAACACAUGUGGAAUGUCUACAGUUGCUGUUUGUUUACUGUGGUAUCAUGGAUCCCUCCUGGGCAGAACUUAGGAACUUUACAUGGUUCCUGAACCUCCAGCUACAAGACUGCGAGAAUUCUGUUUUUUGUGAUGCCUCUUUCACUGGGGACACUUUGCAGGGGUUUAAAAACUUUGUGGUUGAUUUCAUGAUCCUCAUGGCUAAGGAUUUUGCCACACCUUCUUUAAGCAUCUCUGAUCAAAGCCCAGGGAGAAUACAGAUGGACCUUUCUGGUGUUAAUGAAGAUGAUCUUGCGCCUUUCAGGAUCAGAAAGAGAUGGGAAUCUGAGCCUCAUCCUUAUAUUUUCUUUAAUGAUGACCACGUGUCCAUGACGUUCAUAGGCUUUCAUUUACAGCUAAAUGAACAGAACUGGGUAGAUGCCAUUGAUCCAUCUACAAAAAGAGUGAUCAAAAAGAAUGUCAUGACUAAAGAACUAUACGAGGGCCUGAUGCUUCAGAGGGUCCCGUUUAAUAUGAACUUUGAUGAGCUUCCAAGAGGAGAGAAAAUUGAGCGAAUCUGCAAUGUUCUGGGAAUACAGUGGCCUCUUGACCCAGAUGAAACCUAUGAGCUUACUACUGACAACAUUUUAAAGAUUCUGGCCAUUCACAUGCGCUUCAGGUGUGGCAUUCCAGUCAUUAUCAUGGGUGAGACAGGAUGUGGAAAGACAAGGCUCAUCAGAUUUCUGUGUGAGUUGCGAAGGAGUGGAGUGGCAACAGAAAAUAUGAAAUUAGUCAAAGUCCAUGGAGGAACAACUUCAGAAAUGAUUUACACCAAAGUAAAAGAGGCAGAGAACAUAGCGUACAUAAACAAAAAUGAUUAUAGCUUUGACUCUGUAUUGUUUUUUGAUGAGGCUAACACAACUGAGGCUGUGAGCAGCAUUAAAGAGGUACUGUGUGAUAAGACAGUAGAGGGUGAAUCCAUUACACCAAACACUGGCUUGAAAGUCAUUGCUGCGUGCAACCCAUAUAGGAAGCACACAGAUGAAAUGAUCAAAAGAUUGGAAUCAGCUGGUCUGGGCUACAGAGUGCGAGCUGAAGAAACUGAUGAAAAGCUUGGGUCCAUUCCCCUCCGUCAACUUGUGUACAGAGUACAGGCUUUGCCUCCUAGCAUGAUUCCGUUAGUUUGGGACUUUGGACAGCUCAAUGAUCACACUGAGAAAAUGUACAUCCAGCAAAUAGUCCAAAGAGUGGUUGAAAACCACUUAUUGGACGAGGAAUACAUUAAGAUGAUCACAGAUGUCUUAUCAGCCUCACAGAAGUAUAUGAGGACAAGAAAGGAUGAGUGUAGUUUUGUAAGUCUGAGAGAUGUGGAGCGCUGCAUGCAAGUGUUUGCUUGGUUCUACAAAAAUAAUAAAAUGUUGCUGUCAGAACUUGCCAAGUAUGAGGAAAAUCAGAGAGAACAAACAGAUGAACAAAGUCCAGGAGAUGUUAUUGAAAGAAACCCUAUUCUGUGGUCACUAGUGAUGGCUAUCGGAGUGUGUUACCAUGCGUGCUUGGAGGACAAAGAGAAGUAUAGGAAUAAAAUCUGCAAAUACUUUCCAGGGACACACACCCCAGUAAAGUUAAUGCAAGAGAUCUUAGUCAUGCAAGAUCUACUUCUAAGCGGCGUUCCACUGGGUGAAACGAUUGCAAGAAACAAUGCUUUAAAGGAAAAUGUCUUCAUGAUGGUCAUUUGCAUCGAGCUACGAAUUCCUCUAUUUUUGGUUGGAAAACCUGGGAGUUCCAAAUCACUGUCCAAAACUUUGGUAGCAGAUGCAAUGCAAGGGCAAGCAGCCCAUUCUGACUUGUACAGGAAACUGAAACAAAUUCAUUUGGUGUCAUUUCAGUGCAGUCCUCAUUCAACACCAGAUGGCAUCAUCAACACGUUUAAGCAAUGUGCCAGAUUUCAGGAGGGCAAGAAUUUGAAGGAGUACAUCUCAGUAGUGGUGCUGGAUGAGAUUGGUCUAGCUGAGGAUUCCCCCAAAAUGCCCCUGAAAACUCUUCACCCUUUGCUUGAGGAAGGAUGCAUAGAUGAUCAACCACUGCCUCAUAAGAAGGUUGGGUUCAUUGGCAUAUCAAACUGGGCUUUGGACCCAGCAAAGAUGAACAGGGGAAUAUUUGUUUCUCGUGGUGAUCCCGAUGAGAAGGAGUUGAUUGAAAGUGCCAAAGGAAUUUGCUCUUCUGACCCAAUGAUUUUAGAGAAGGUUAGGGAUUUCUUUCAGCCUUUUGCCCGUGCUUACCUCAAUAUUUGCAAGAAACAAGGGAAAGGAUUUUUCGGCCUACGUGACUAUUACAGCUUGAUAAAAAUGAUGUUUGCCAUCACCAAGUCCUCAGAGCUAAAGCCUAGUGCAGAACAAAUUGUAGAGGCUGUGUUGAGAAACUUCAGUGGCAAAGACAAUCUUAACUCUGUUAAAGUUUUCACACACAGGCUUCAACUCAAACCUAAUCUUGAAAGCAUCAAUACCAUUGAGCUUGUGAGACAAAACAUUACAGCCACUGGUCAAGAUGAGGAGUGCAGGUACCUGCUGAUUCUGACUAAAAAUUACGUAGCUCUACAGAUUCUUCAGCAAACCUUCUUUUCAGAGCAAUACCAGCCUGAGAUCAUCUUUGGCUCAAGCUUUCCUAAAGACCAAGAGUACACCCAGAUCUGCCGCAACAUCAACCGAGUCAAGAUUUGCAUGGAGACGGGCCAAACUGUUGUGCUUCUGAAUUUGCAAAAUCUGUACGAAAGCUUGUACGAUGCUCUCAAUCAAUAUUAUGUUUGCCUUGGCGGUCAGAAAUAUGUGGAUUUGGGGCUGGGGACCCAUCGUGUCAAGUGUAGAGUGCACCCAAGGUUCAGGCUCAUAGUCAUUGAAGAAAAGGAAGUUGUCUACAAACAGUUUCCUAUUCCCUUGAUUAACAGGCUAGAGAAACACUACCUGGACAUUAACACUGUGCUCAGAAAUGAACAGAAGGAGCUUGUCAAGGAACUUGAAAAAUGGGUUAAUCAGUUCAUUGCUCCAAAGAACCAGCAUUCACCUGCUUCCCAAGCACUGAAAUAUGUUCCGGCUGAUGUUUUCAUUGGCUACCACUCGGAUACCUGUGCCUCGGUCAUCCUGCAGGUGAUAGAAAGUCAAAAAAGUGAGAUGGAAGUUUCUGAUCCUAACAGACAACUAUUGGAUGAGGCCAAAUUGAUCCUACUGAAAUGUGCUACACCAGAUGCUGUGGUUCGCCUAGACAAUACAGCUCUGUCCAAAGUGGAAAGUGAACACCUAGUAAAGGUCUACUUUGAAGACCAGAAGCACAACUCACUGGCUGACUUUAUUCAUUCCCACACACAUCAGGAAGAGGGGAAUCGUGUCUUUUUCACUGAGGUGACCACCUUCUCUAGACUUCUGACAGCAGUAGACAUUGAUCAGCUUGAGGAAGUGGUUCCAAACAUUGAGCUUGUUGCGCUCCAGCAGUUUGAUACAGAGCAUUCGUUUUUAAAGAAAAUCAGGAACUUUUUGGACCAUGCUGCUGGGGACAAGAUGCUGAUCAUUCAGACUGAUUUUGAUGACGGCUUACGGAGCUCCAACCUUAUUGCAUCUGCAAAGUACUCCUCUAUUAAUGAGAUCAACAAAUUCAGACAUGAGGAGGAGAGUAAGGUCUUUGUGUACUUCAUUACAAAACUACCAAGAAUAGAAGGUGGAACUUCUUAUGUUGGAUUUCAUGGAGGUCUCUGGAAGUCUGUCCACAUUGAUGACCUUAGAAAAUCAAAAGAUAUUAUCUCUGAUAUUAAAGCCUUGCAGUCUCUUACCAUCAGCCAGUUGUUUGAAGAAAAUGAAGAUGAGCCUGAGGCUAUGGAAACAGAGACUGAGGACAUGUACAGAGAUACCGAAGAACAAACUGAGCUAACGAACAAUGCAAGCUUGAAGAAUGUUCUAGAUACCACAGCAGUGAUACGUAGCUGCGUUCAGAGCGCAGUGGGCAUGCUGAGAGACCAUGGAGAGGCAGGUUGUCGUAGCACUAGAAGAGUAGAAAUCCUGCUGACUCUUCUGACUGAUGGCGAGGAAGUUCAAGCUACAUUUUUAAAAACUGUCAAGCGUCGUCUUCAUUCACUGCUGAUGACCUAUGAGGAACAAAGUAUCUCAGCCAAGAACUGGGUUUUUAAGGAGGCAACAAAUAUUGAUGCUUUACAAGAGGGUGGAACCUUCAGAAACACCCUAUGGAAGCGAGUUCAGGCUGUAAUUAUUCCAUUUCUUGCACAGCUGGUUUCACUGAUUGACCGUGACUGCAAUCUUGACCUGUUGCUAGAUGCAAACUCUGGAGACUCAGUAAAGAAACUUUGGUUGAACAUAUUUGGAAAUGUCAAGUUUUUAAGUGUUCCAUACACAAGACUGGAACCCAACUCAGCGACAUUUCUGGUACAAAACAACAUAACAUUGCACAGGAAUAUGGGCUGCAUCAUGCCAUUCAGCUGGAUGAUUAAAGAUUAUUUAGAGGAACUUUGGGGACAUGCACUGCAUAGAGAAGGUUACUCUCUGAGACAGUUCGAUGACUUCUUUCAGAACACUCCACUGGGCAGGUAUAUUGAAGAAGCAGAUGAAGAAAUGCAGGUGGAGUUUUUCCAAAGAUACCUUCAGGAUUUUAUUUCUUUAACCAUGAAUGCAGCAUCAAAGGUGGAACUUCAGCUGCUGACUGGAGCUCUAACAAGCUGUAUAAAUGAACUGCGAAGUCACCACGAGGCAGUACAAAAUGAUGUGAUCUCCCUCCCCUGGAUCCAUGCUGCCUACCACGAGUUUAAAAACCGACUACAAAACUUCUCCAGAAUGAUCACCAUUGAGCCCCAGAUUGCUCAGGUGCUCAUAGGCAACGCACAGUCUAGAGAAAGCAUGGAAAUGGUGCUGGAUGUUUAUGCUGCCAUGGCCUGUGUUGAGUAUUUGGAGCCUCAUGCUAUGGGAGAUGUCACUCGGUGCAUGGCCUGGCUGCAACAGGUGAAGAAGUUACAGGUCCCGAUUGAGUUGGUCUGCUCAGAGGAGAGUGCCCGCCAAUAUGGUGAAUGUAGCAAAAACAUGAUUGGUCAAGUCCAACAUAGAUGGCGCCGCCUCCACUCUCUCUCCCUGUUUGUUGAGCACAUGUUGCUGGGCGUAGAGGAUGUGGAGAAAAACUUGAAACCAUUGGUUCUGGAGCACAUGCGACGUUUGGGACAAGUUUUGGAUAAGGACUCCGACCUUAAAAUGAAGCAGCCAUUCGAGGCAGUUAUAACCACUCUCAAAACCUGCAAGGAAGGAGCAAAUGAGCGAAUCUUCAGGUUUGGUUUACAGCCAUGUCCAGUGUGUAUGGGGGACCCUAACGACCCUCUGAGUCUGCCUUGUGACCAUAUCUACUGCCUGGCUUGCAUCAAGCAGUGGUUAAUCCCCGGACAGAUGUACUGCCCACUCUGCAUGCAGGCAGUAGAUGAAAACUUUGACCUGAAGCCUUCUGAGACCAUUCGGACCCGGAUCAAACUGAACGCCAAGUUCAGAAAGCUGUGUAAUGCCUUUUUCAUUGACCUCGUCUCCACCAUUUGCUUCAGAGACAACUCUCCACCCAACAAGACAAUCAUCCUCCACCUGUUGUCCUUUGUCAUGGUGGAGCCAGGUUCUGUACCAGUCAUUAAAGGUCGUGAUCGUACAUUUUUGACCAAGGCACUGUCUCCUUUUGAUGACUCUGUGGACAAAAAUCCUGUAGUUCGCUCGGUAGUUCUUAAACUUCUUCUCAAGUACAGUUUUGAAGAUGUAAAAGGCUAUCUUCAGAAACAUCUCACAGCGGUGGAGCAGAGUAACAUCCUGGAGAAAAUGGACAAAAUUGAACUUUACUGUCUGUACAUAAACUGUCUGGAGGACUCUAUGUUUGAGCGGACACAGUGGCAUUCUGUAGCUGAGCAGCAAUCCUGUCUGCAGGAGGAGAAAAACUUCCUGCUGGAAUUCUUGCAAACUGGAGCUGUGGCAACUAAAACAGUGACAAUAGAGCAUCUGCAGCAGGUUGCCAGAACUCGACUAUGUUUGGACAUGGCAGCAGAUUUACUCAUGAAAAUAAACUCUACUGCAGUUGCUGAAGAGGAGAGCUCCCCAGGAGUGGCAGAAUUUCUGAACACUGUGGUGGAUCUGUGUAAGCACAGUAGGAAUGAUUGGUACAGGGUCUACCUCAUCAGAAAGAUCUGCAGCCUUAAUGGAGUUGAGCACGUCCAGAAGCUUUUAUCCGAAAACCAACACAACUGGUUGUUCCCUCAGGAGGUUCUUUGCAGGAAUCAAGAUGAAAGCCAAAUUGACCCUUAUUUGGUCUGGGGUGUGGAGUACAAGGCUGUUCGUGAUGCCGUUGGCAAAGCCAUGUUAGACGGCAAGAUGGAGAGAAUUAAGAAAGCCUGUGAGAUUUACAAAUGUUCACCUGGGAAGAAGAUGGUGUACCUGCUGUUAGCGCUGUUCAGAGAAGUCACCUCCCUGUACAGAUCAAACAACGCAAACAACCAUCUUAAACCUGAGCAACUGGCAGCACUUGAGGACUUCAUCAAGAAAUCCAAAGUCUUUACAAAAGAGGAAUCCAGGGUCUUUGCACAGGCAUUGGUUCAUAACCGGAUGCCUGCAAUGCUCUUACGUCCUAAUCUUUCAGGCAGUGAAUAUGUGGUACUGGAACUCACUGUUCACCUGGCAGCGGUGCUUCUCUGUACAAACCAAGCAGUAGUGCAGCCCCUCGUGCAGCUCGCCCUUUCUCCUGCUAACAUGCAGAAGUCCUUUAUACCCACUAUGCCAGAUGACAUGCUUCAUGUUGCCCAGCAGGCUAUGGGGAAUCUGCAGUGGUAUUUUUGUCCAAAUGGUCAUCCAUGUACUGUUGGUGAGUGUGGUCAACCGAUGCAGACCAGUCGCUGCCCAGACUGCUUAGUUGACAUAGGGGGCACUGAUCACAGACCUGUUGCAGGCUUUCGGGCUGUCGGAAGACAAGGGGACAACACUAAGACAGGGCACAUUCUGGGAGACCAUCGUCGCAGAGAUCAGCCAGAUAUGCAGGACACAAAAGACAUGUCCCCCGCUCCAUUUACUCUACUUAGGAUGCUCACACACAUGGCCAUGUUACUAGGAGCAUCUAACCACCCACAGAAUAUGGCUGUGAUCAUUAAUCCCCCGGUGGCAGAACCAGGGGUGUUUCUGGUCGCUCAUCUGCUAAAGGACCUCGAGCAGCUGAGCAGAGCUUUGGGGAAAGGGGCAGAUGAUACAGCCUGUACUGCUCACCUGACCAUCUUCAGUCUUCUGGAGCCUCAGCAGCCUGGUCAAUGGCCGGCUCGAUAUGAUCCUCAGCUCUUAACUAGAGAUGCCAGAAAUAACUGGGAGAUGACCAUGAACACUGAUAUUAUCGCAAACCAGCUAAAGGUUUUGGAGAGGAAGUUGGCAGAAACGAACACUUUUAUCAGAGAGGAUGAAAGGGUGUCAUCUAACCUGGUGAUGAAGCUGACAUUUGGGGACCCGAAAGAGUUCCUGCACACCCUACCUCAGGGUUCUCUAAUCCACGGCUCAUCAGUCUGGAGCUGCAGGGAGCGUGCCUCACUUCUAAGUCUGGGCCACAUUUUGGAGCAGAAUGAAGGCAGGGACACGUUGCCAGUUCUCUGGAAGUUCUUACAAAAGGAGGCAGAGCUGAGGUUGGUGAAGUUUCUCCCAGACAUUCUAGCCCUCCAAAGGAAUCUGGUGAAGAUGUUCCAGAAUGUAAUGGAGUUUCCAAGCUACAGUAUAUCAGAGUUCCUUCUGAGACAGAAAGCAGCCUCCUUAAAAGCUUCAUAUGAGAAACAAAUCAAGAUCUUUCUGUCCACGUGGAACCAACUUAGAGUCUCUCUGGCCACCAACGGUGAGAUCAAGCUCCCAAACGAGUACUGCCAGGAGGACCUAGACAUGGAAACUGACCUGCAAGUGCUGCUACCAAGAAGACAGGGACUUGGUCUGUGCUCCACUGCUCUGGUCAGCUAUCUCAUUGCUCUUCAUAAUGAUCUAAUCUACACAGUGGACAAGCACACUAAAGAGGAGACUAGCUACACCGUGAGUCCAGCAGACCUGACUGAGCUCCACGUGAUCAGGUACGAGGUGGAGCGAGACCUGCUCCCCCUGAUUCUUUCUAACUGCCAGUACAGCAUGGAGUUUGGCCGCGAGACACUGUCAGAGUACGACCUGCCCAAGAUCCAGCAGCAGCUCCUCACACGCUAUCUGCAGGGCAAACCAGUCAUCACGCUCAAUGGAAUCCCAACGUUGGUGAACAGACAUGACAGGAAUUAUGAGAACAUUUUCCAGGAUGUAAAUGGCAAAGUUCAACAGGAGUCGUUGUCCUCACUGAACCAGUCCACACUGUCUGUGGAGCUUCAGUCAUACAGUGACGUGUGUGAGGCACUGUCCACAGUGGAACUGACUCUAGGUUUCCUUGCUAUGACUGGAGGAGAAACAAACAUGCAGCUGGAUAUAUACCUGAAGGAAGUGCUACAAAUGGCUGAACAGACCACCCCACAUGUGCUUAAGGCUCUGAGCAGGUGCAGUCUGAAACACUGUGUGGCUCUGUGGCAACUCCUCAGCUCUCUCAAAUCUGAGACCAUGCUACGCCUCAAGAGGGACCCAUUUAUGGGGAUAAAUAAGGAGUAUAAGAAAAAACUGGGAGAGGAGGAGAAGAGACUUCUUACUGGAUUCUUCACCAAGAUCAAUGCUGACUCUUUUCUGCUGGAAAUGCAUGAGUUUUUACUUCUGGUCUUGAAGAAGCCUCAGGCCACAGAUACCUACAAGCCCAACUGGAGCGUGAAAGACACCGUGAUUUCCUACAUAGAACGCAAAGACAAGGAUGUCGCUCCAGAUGUGCAGGAGUUGUUUCCUGAUGAAAUCCUCCUGGAACAUUACAUUGAGGCCUGGAAGUUCUCCGUCCUCCUCAAGCAUGAACGAAACCAAAGAUAAAUCAUACAAACCAGUUCUUGUUUACUCACAGCCAUCCACUCCAUAAAUCAUAAUUAGUACAAUCCUACAGAAAUAAUCAUAGAACCAAUCUUUACUAUCUUUACUUCAGCUGUUUGAAUUAGGUGCCUUUAAAAUAAAUGUGCCACUGGGGUACUCACUGGAGUGCAAUGUAUUGUUUAAAAUGAUACAGCAGUAUUAUUAUAAAAAUAAAAUGACAAUAAGAAAACAAAAUGCUGUGAUUUGCACAAAACAUUGCAAAUGUUAGUUUAGGCAGAGAAUCAUACUGAAGCUUAGAUUACUGAUUCAUUCCAUUUGAUUUUGUGUGAUUACUGUUUAUUCUUUCAUGGUUUAGCUUGCCAUUAAUGACAUGUUUACACUUUUUUUUGUAGAUUUUGUUUCAUGGAGACUUGCCCCAUCAUGGUAUUGGGUAAAUAAGUAAAUUUGCACUCAGGGACUCAGUUGCUUUAGAGCUUCAAUCAGGUUAAGGGACAAACCUGAGAUUUAAUAUGUGACAGGUAGGGGAUCAAAAUUGCUGCCUAUUACUUAUAUACAUAUUACAUAUAUUUAGAAAUUAAUUAAAUUCUUGUGAUUAAAUUCUAUAAUAACCAGUUGCCUUACAAAACCACUUCCACAUGUUCUAUUGUUCCUCUGUUAUCUAAAAGACCAAUCAAUGUAGUUUAAACAAGUUACAAUCAAGAUGUAUUGUGUUUCCUGAAUAAAGAUGUUGGAGAAUUGUGUUAUUUGCA